AUGAUGAAUACCGCAUGGAAAGAUGAACAGCCCCCAUCCUUCAUCCAUUUCAUUUCGUCUUUCCUCAGUGAAAACUCGUAUCGGCUUAACUUCCUCCCAAUUGCCCCUGUAAUGCUCUACAUUUGUUUUUGUGAUGAAAUGAUAUGGGAGUCUUACCUCUUCCUGCAUUUUUAUGCAUUUCAUCGGGUCUUUUUGGCUGUAUUGACGAUCAUAUAAAAUUUGAUCUGAUACUGCAUCCUGCAAUAAUUUAUUGGACCACAUUAUCUUUCAAUGUUAUCGAUUCCUCCGUGUAGAGUCGCCUUCUCUCAUGUUAUCGCUUUACUUAUCCCCUUUAUCCCUUUAACUCAUUCAUCUUUCAAUGCAUUCUACAACGCUUUAUUAUAGGACUUCAUCUUCAACAACGGAGGAUUAUCGGUUGCGUUUGUCUUUGUAACUAGCUGGGACCCCAACGACGUUUCUUCCGUCUUUAGCAGGUAUCCGACUGCCGCCGCCAAUUCAUUAGUGUGAUUCUUUUUAAAACCUAUUAGUAAUUCCACGUGUUUCAGGGUUGGAAAACUGAAGAAGCAAUUCGGACAUUUUUAUGUCAUCGUUUCGGUCCCCACCAGGGAGCAAAAUGACUCGUUCUAUAGAUCAUAUUUUAAGUAUGUGGUAAAAAAAGUAAUUUCAAACUGACUUGUACUCUUGUGGAGAAUGCCGUGACGCACACUAGUUAUAGUCAGGUAUGCUGUGGAGCUUGGCAGCCCAACAUUUGUGUCUGUCCGAGAUCCAGAGAUGGGAUUUGAGAAGAUUUUGAAGAUUGCACACGCGCAUGGGGGUAAAGCCAGACUUAUUCUAUUUGGUAGACACGAAGGAAUCCCGCCUCUGUUGUGACAUGUUUUCAGUGUUCAUCUCUAGUGUGUAAACGGGAAGGUGCCAUAAACAAGUUAAAGAUUGAGGUUAGUUAAUUUUCUAUGAUUAGCCGUGCUUUUUUUAUUCUUUGAGAUAUGAUCGAUGAAGUCCUUUGUUUUAAAAGCGUGCCAGGCAGGUACAAGGAAUCGACAUGUUUCUCAGAGUAGUCACAUCUAUACCCGGAAUAAAUAAUCACGACGCAAAUGCGGUAAGUUUUCUUUCUUCGCCUAGAGAUGAACUUUUCUAUAUUUUUUAUUUCAUCUGAUGCUAUGGUCUGUUUGACCUUCCUUCUGAAUAUUUAAAUCCAUCUUCAGAACACUGGUCGCAGAUUGUUUAGCUUAGUCGCAGACUAUUUAAAUCCAUCUUCGACUACUUUAAGCCAUGCAAAAUCCUCUUCUUCUUUUUUUUUACUGAGGUUAUGUUCCAUUCCUAACAGACAUGCAUUCCAUUCACACUGUUGACUAUGCGCAGCUCAUUCAGACCAUUGGUUCUAUUGAAUCCAUAUCCAAGGCUUCAAAGGCGUUCCUAUUGGAAAACACAGAUCUAUCGGCUGACAAAGCAGAAAGAGUAUUGAGGUUCUUCCGAGAUCCGCAGUUUUACCUCAGUCCAAAGUUCAACUAG